UUCAGGGCAGAGAAUGAUUAAGUUCAUGCUGCUGUUCAGCCGGCAGGGCAAAGUGAGGCUGCAACAGUGGUACGAGGCAUAUCCCGAGAAGCAGAAGAAGAAGACGAUGCGAGAACUAAUCGCAGUCAUCCUGUCACGCAAGCCAAAGAUGAGCAGCUUCCUGGAGUACAAGGAACUCAAGGUCAUAUACAAACGAUAUGCUAGUUUGUACUUCUGCUGUGCGGUAGAGCAGAACGAUAACGAACUCAUAGUGCUAGAAGUGAUCCACAGGUACGUGGAACUGCUUGACAAAUACUUCGGCAGUGUUUGUGAGCUGGAUAUCAUCUUCAACUUCGAGAAGGCCUAUUACAUGCUGGGGGAAUUAGUGCUAGGAGGUGAGAUCCAAGAGACGAGUAAGAAAAAUGUCCUCAAAGCAAUAGCAGACCAGGACAUUCUGCAAGAGGAACAUGAGACGCGCAAUCUUCUCGAGGAGAUCGGACUGACUUAGUAAUCUUGAGCUGAAAGGUCAGCUUGGUAUAUCAUAUUGAAAGCUGCGUGAAAGUGCGAGUUUUGAAAAAGAGAAAUUGAGCAAAAAUUGUAUAGGAGAACUGCAGAGAAGUAUUAUUUAUUUCAAGGUUUCUCUUCUGUUUGCCCAAUGUUCAUUCUACAAGUAGAUUUAUUUCCCAAGAGUUAGUCUGCGCAUAUUGUUGAAGUAUAAAUGCUUUAUUUGUAAAUAGUGUUUCUACGCCAAUUUAUUGUUUCAAAUAGGGUUAAUUGCAAUUAAUUACUGGAAUACACUCAUGGUAAUAUAGUUUGGGCUAUUA